CACUUGACUCUUGCAAAAGCAUCACACAAAGAUACUAAAGCAGCAGAGCCCGUUUGUUUGUUUCUCUUGAGGAUUGUUUUCUUUCUUUCCUCAUAAGUUUCUCACAACCGGAUACCCCACACAAAAUCCAUUACCUACCUGUCCCAGCCCCCACCCAUCACAUUCCUUUGCUACUAUAAAAAACCAUGGCAUCCACUACCCUUCGCACGUUGACACUCCGCCGUUUGUUGCGUCCUUCUCGCUCUAGUUUGGCUGCCAUUGCCCCCACGCGUUCCUUCAGUGGCAGCAGCAAUGACUAUGUACUUUCAGAGCACGAACAGAAAUUCUACGACAAGGGAUGGUUGGACGAACGUGGUUUGACGCAAUUCAAGACUUUGCACGAGAAUCAAGUACGAGCCUGUCAAAUUUUUGCCGACCGAGACUUGUAUGGUGUCUACAGUGACGAAACGGAGAAAUUCGAGUUUUCCACCUAUCGGGAUUUUGGACAACAAGUCGACUUGGCUCGUCAUGUCUUGAAGGAUUUGGGCGUUGGCCCUGGUGACAAGGUGGCUUUAAUUGCCAAUAACCGUUGGGAAUGGGCUGCUAUUGCCUGUGCUGCCUACUCUUUGACGGCUGGAAUUGUGCCCAUGUACGAGGCUCAGCUACCCUCGGACUGGUCGUACAUUGUCAAUGACAGUCAAGCCAAGGUACUCUUUUGUGCUACCCAAGAAAUCUACGACAGUGUCAAAAAGGAUGUGGCUCCCAGUGCUCCCACACUCCAAACCACCAUGUGCUUGGAUGCCCCCGAAGGAGAACCUCAUGCCUUUGCUACCGCCAUGGCUGCUGCAACAGAAGAUGCCGAAGGAAAGCUCAUUCUGGAACCUACGGUCGACGAUUUGGCGUCCCUCAUCUACACUUCGGGUACCACUGGAAAACCCAAGGGCGUCGAAUUGACCCACAACAAUAUAUCCACCAAUGUCAUUGGAGCUGCCAGAACCAUGGUUGAGAAUCCUCACGACUUUAUCAAUCCCCACGAUCGAUCUCUCGCAUUUCUCCCUUGGGCUCAUUCCUAUGGACAAACCUGUGAACUUUGGUUGGGAAUUGCCCAUGGAUGCUCGGCUGGAAUUUGUCGUGGUGUCCCUUUCAUCUUGGAAGAUCUUCAGCAUGUCAAGCCUUCUGCCCUCUUUGCCGUCCCCACUCUUUACAAAAAGGUCUAUGAUGGAGUCAACAAUGUCAUGGAAACCGCCAAUCCUCGCCGCAAAUACUUGAUGCAACGAGCAUUGGAAUUGGGAAGCAAAAAUGCCGCUUACCAACAAGGAAGAGGACCUGCUUUGGGUUUUAUGGAAAAUUUGACCUUCAAGGCACUCGAUUCCAUUGUCCUGUCCAAAAUUCGGGCUCGAUUUGGUGGAAACUUGAAGCAUGCCUUUGUCGCUGGUGCGGCAUGUCCCGCCGAAGUCAUCAAGUUUAUGGAUUCCUUGGGGAUCAUGGUGUUGGAGGGAUACGGAUUGACCGAAACUUCCCCCAUUAUCACCAUCAACUCUCCAGAACAACGUUUCGUCGGUGCGGUUGGGCGACCUAUUGGUGAUGUGAAAGUCCACAUUAUGGGUGACGAUGGAAAGGAGUUGGGUCCUGGACAAGACGGAGAAAUUUGCUGCACCGGCCCCAACAUUAUGAAGGGAUACUACAACAAUCCUGAGGCUACCAACGAAGUCAUCUCGGUCGCCCCUGACGGUGUGUCACGAAUGUUCCACACUGGGGACAUGGGACAAUUCACCGAGGACGGUUUUGUCAAGGUCACGGGUCGUAUCAAGGAACAAUACAAAUUGGAGAAUGGCAAAUACGUUGUGCCAACGCCAAUCGAAGAGGCUAUUGGCAUGAGUCGGUUCAUCACACAAGUUGUGUUGGUAGGAGCAAACAGGCCUCACAAUGUUGUAUUGAUUGUUCCGGAAUGGGAGGCGUUACGAACGGAAUUCCAAGUGAGCCCCGAAGUCACCGAGGAAGAACUUGCCAAUGACGAACGAGUCAAAGAGUUGAUUGAUGCCGAGAUUCAAAUGAGUUGCUACAACCUCAAGAAGUUUGAGAUUCCCACCAAGUUCGCCUUUGUGUCCCCCUUUACAGUUGCCAAUGACAUGUUGACGCCCAAGAUGAGUAUCCGCAGACACAAGGUCCAAGAAACCUACAAAGACUUGAUUGUCGAACUGUACGGAACAGAGCUAGAGUCCGAAGCCAACAACACUAAUAAGGAACCUAAAGAGAAGGCAGCCUAAAAGAGCCAAACUGGAUGCCGGCCUAGAAAGCCCAAGCCACUACACGAAAUGCAGGAGUGCUUUGGAGAGCAGCAAUCAAGCCAUAUUUUAAACACUACGCAUACGACAUUUAGACCUACUUAUUUCAGCAGCGGUCGUGUGGCUCAGCCCCUAGCUAGUAGGAUGCAUCUCGUAGAGGUUAUCUCGUAGAGGUUAUCAACAAAGAGCGUGAUCUCGCGUGGCGACGAAUGGCGGCCCAGCACAGAGAGCUCCUGUGGUGGCCUCGUACCGGUAGUCUGGACGGCAACGCACCUCUGAUGGCCACGAGCAAAGCAACGAACGAACCGAGAUCCCCUUGGCCCAUUAGCCCCGCGAGGAAGCCUCGGGCGAAGCCCCUCCUCAAGCUACUGUAAUGAGGUGCAGCACUUGACCAUUAAAGUGUAGCAAGCAACGUACCGGAAUUACAGCAGAAACGUUUUGCUUGGUCUCGGUGCGGCAGGCAUGGGCCUGACGAAGAGGCAGGACGGCCCGACAACUGCUUCAAGAAAUUGCACAUCGGUCAUCGCUUGCUUGCUUCUCUGGCCGCAAAGCCAAUGCAAAUUGUCACGUCGAAUAGAACACCCUGGCAGUGCCGACGACGCCGCCUUCUAUCGGGGGCGGUACGAUGGCAGAGCUGUCCAGUUGGAUGUUCCAUGGACGACAAAUUCGCUUCGAUCGCAACGACCAAGAAGUCUACCAAGAGCAAGGAUGGCUUCGUGUAUUUUGCUUCAAACUCUUCUCCUUCAAAUGAUCGGAGGAUCGCCGAGGAUCGCCGAGGUUCGAGCAAACUCGCAUCCAAGACAGCAACCCCGAGGAAGGGAACACUUUGUUGUCCAGUGGAUAGAAACGUGAGCGAAGUUCACUGGACGUUCUUGCUGUGGAUGAACGCUACGAUGAGUGAGGCCGAUGGAUCGCAUAACAUCGUGCCAAGAUAAAGAACGGUACUGUAAAUGAAGAAAGCAGCAUUGCCGAUUGAGGGAAUACUGAAACCGAUGCAAGUGAACUGUUGCUGUAGCUGGCAGCUUCAAAGUACGUUAAUGGUGAACCCUGGCUGGAUACUAGUAGCCAGUGUCAACUCUCCAGAAAAAACGAAUUCCGAACCGAACUGCGCCAGGGCCGACCCACUUUCCAACGAUUUAACUAACUACAGCUACUGUACCCUCUAAAGGCGAAAAGGAGCCGAGACUGGACAAAGAAGUCGAGGGUGAUACUGAUACUACUAGCUACUAGCUAGUCUUCCAGUCUAUCGACGAUCCGCGUGGUAACUAUCGAUCCAGGUAGUACCUUUUCUGUGGUACGUAACCCCAAGAAGGGUGUGACUGGUCUGUUGCUGGGGCGACUGGCGACAAUCGACAUCUCUGCCUUGCAACGGAGAUAUGCAUCUCUAACUAGCUAUUUUAAUAGGUGCCACGCAAAAUUGCUGACAGAUGAUGGUCACAUGCUUUGUAGCCUACAGUGUAGUAGCUA